UGAUGGGCGCUCUUGCUCUGGCAGGGCUGCUGGAGCCAGAGGCCAAGGCUCAGCCUAGUUUUAACCCUCCUGGUGCUGAACUGGCUCUGCCUCCCCUCCUCCUCGCUCCCCCUCCCCCGAAAACACACAUUGGGCAACUCUGAGAAGCGAUUUUGACCUUUGCUCCUGUGGUCACACAGUCUGAGGAUAUAGGGGUUGAGUGAUCUCUGGUUUAGGCCACAAAUCUGGGGCGCAUAAGAAUCCUGGACAUGGGGCUUCCCUUCCCGGUUUGGGAGGGACACUGGCCCCACCCCUCCCCCUCGUGGCUCCUCCCUCCCACCCCUUCCUCCACGUCUCCCUUCAGAGGAUUCUAAGCAAGAAAUUGCCCCUUCCAGUCUAGGCCAAAGGACCUGGCCAGGAGAUCUGGGUUCUGGGGUGGGUGUUACCCAGUGGGGGUUGGAGAGUGGGGCUUCCAGAUGGCUGGGAGGGCCUGGGAAGAACUGAAGGAGGGUCCGGUCAGGAGGCUGCUCAUACCACGAGGAGAUACAGAGGAAAGGGGCGUAGCCUUUGCCUAUGGUGUGGGGCUCACCCCAGCCCCCAGUAGGGCACCUCCAACCUCCUCAAUCAUGUCAUUAUGGGGUCUGGUCUCCAAGAUACCCCCAGAAAAUCUGCAGCGGCUCUAUAUCGACUUUCCCCAACGCCUUCGGCAUCUCCUGGGUGACUGGCUGGAGAACCAGCCCUGGGAGUUUCUGGUCGGAUCUGAUGCUUUCUGCUGCAACCUGGCCAGCGCCCUCCUCUCAGCCACUGUCCAACGCCUGAAGGCGGCAGCUAGGGAGCAGGGGGAGGGAAGCACCUUCUUGCAGCACAUCAGCAACCUGGAGAGCGUGUACCAGAGGGAUCCCCUGAAGCUGGUGGCCACGUUCAGACAAAUCCUUCAGGGAGAGAAGAAAGCUGCCAUGGAACAGUUCCAUCACCUGCCAAUGCCUUUCCACUGGAAGCAGGAAGAACUCAAGUUUAACACAGCUCUGCAGAGGCUGCAGCACCUUGUGAGGGAGGCCCGCCUUCUCCGGGAAGCCCUGCAGCAGGGGGCUGAGGCUGGUAAAGUGCCUCUGCACAGCCUGAUAAAGACUUCUGCCAAUGGGUCUGGGCACAGGGAGGCCCUGCCCAUGUUGCUGCAGGAGUCUGUCGGGGAGCUGGAGGUGACCCAGGCCCUGGUGCUGAAGAGGAUCCAGAUUUGGAAACGGCAGCAGCAGCUGGCAGGGAAUGGGGCACCCUUUGAGGAGAGCCUGGCCCCACUACAGGAGAGGUGUGAGAGCCUGGUGGACAUCUAUUCCCAGCUGCAGCAGGAGGUGGGGGCAGCCGGUGGGGAGCUGGAGGCCAAGACCCGGGCCUCGCUGCUCAGCAGGCUAGAUGAAGUCCUGCGGACCCUGGUCACCAGCUCUUUCCUGGUGGAGAAGCAGCCCCCCCAGGUUCUGAAGACUCAGACGAAGUUCCAAGCCGGGGUCUGGUUUCUGCUGGGCCUACGGUUCCUAGGGGCCCCAGCCAAGCCCCCACUGGUCAGGGCUGACAUGGUGACUGAGAAGCAGGCGAGAGAGCUGAGCAUGACCCAAGGGCACGGCACUGGAGUAGAAAGCAGUGGGGAGAUCAUCAACAACUUGGUGCCCUUGGAGAACAGCCUUCCUGGGAACUGCUGUUCGGCCCUCUUCAAGAACCUGCUUUUGAAGAAAAUCAAGCGGUGUGAGCGGAAGGGGACAGAGUCGGUCACGGAGGAGAAGUGCGCCGUGUUGUUCUCCACCAGCUUCACACUCGGCCCCAACAAGCUGCCCAUCCAGCUCCAGGCCCUGUCUUUGCCUCUGGUGGUCAUCGUCCAUGGUAACCAAGACAACAACGCCAAAGCCACCAUCCUGUGGGACAAUGCUUUCUCUGAGAUGGAGCGAGUGCCCUUUGUGGUGGCCGAACGGGUGCCCUGGGAGAAGAUGUGUGAAACGCUGAACCUCAAGUUCAUGGCUGAGGUGGGGACCAGCCGGGGGCUGCUCCCCGAACAUUUCCUCUUCCUGGCCCAGAAGAUCUUCAACGACAACAGCCUCAGCACGGAGGCCUUCCAGCACCGCUCCGUGUCCUGGUCACAGUUCAACAAGGAGAUCCUGCUGGGCCGUGGCUUCACCUUCUGGCAGUGGUUCGAUGGUGUCCUAGACCUCACCAAACGCUGUCUCCGGAGCUACUGGUCAGACAGGCUGAUCAUCGGCUUCAUCAGCAAGCAGUAUGUGACAAGCCUUCUUCUCAACGAGCCUGAUGGGACUUUCCUCCUCCGCUUCAGUGAUUCAGAGAUUGGGGGCAUCACAAUUGCCCAUGUCAUCCGAGCCCAGGAUGGCUCCCCACAGAUAGAGAAUAUCCAGCCGUUCUCAGCAAAGGACCUAUCCAUCCGCUCCCUGGGGGACCGAAUCCGGGACCUUGCUCAGCUGAAAAACCUCUAUCCCAAGAAACCCAAGGAUGAAGCUUUCCGGAGCCACUACAAGCCGGAGCAGAUGGGCAAGGAUGGCAGGGGGUAUGUCCCAGCCACCAUCAAGAUGACGGUGGAAAGGGACCAGCCACUGCCCACCCUGGACCCCCAGAUGCCAGCCAUGGUGCCCACCUAUGAUCUUGGCAUGAGCUGUGAUUCCCCUGCGAACACGCAUUUGGGCUCAGGCAUGGUGCCCCAGGGGUACCCACCACACUCUCAUGCCAUACCCUCCUAUCAAGCGCUCUCUCCAGAGGAGUCCAUCAAUAUGUUGCCAGCGUUUCAGGAAACUCACCUGCAGGUGCCCCUCAGCCUGAGCCAGAUGAGUCAGCCCUUUGACCAACCUCACCCCCAGGGCCUGCUGCCAUGCCAGCCUCAGGAGCAUGCUGUGCCCACCCCUGACUCACUGGUUUGCCCAGAUGUGACCAUGGCAGAAGACAGUUGCCUGAGCCAGCAGGUGGAAGGGUUCCCUCAGGGAACUUGGGUCAGCGAAGACAUGUUCCCACCCUUGCUGCCUCCCACGGAACAGGACCUCACCAAGUUGCUCCUGGAGGGGCAAGGCGAGUCAGGGGGAGGGCCUCUGGGAGCCCAAUCCCUCCUGCAGCCCUCCUCCUAUGGGCAGUCUGGGAUCUCAAUGUCCCACCUGGACCUAAGGGCCAACCACAGUUGGUGAUCCCAGCUGAAGGGGGAGCCCAGAGGCAGCUCUUAUACCCGCCACAGACCUGCUCUGGACACCUGUCAGUGCUCCUGCCAAACAGCAGCUGGGGAGGCUACCCCCUACUUGCAGCUGGAUUCUGGUCAGGAAGUGAAGACUUGGCUAGAAGGUAGAGCUGGCCCACUCCUUCCCUCCUACUCCUAGAAACACACCGCCCCUCCCACCGUCUUCCAGCCCAGGAAGGAAAGUCCAGGCUCCAAAGCGAGGCAGGCCCCGGCACACCCCACAGGCCUGCACAGACAGUGUAUGCACGGCUCCCUACAGAAGCUGGGGUUGAGCCGGAGGGCAGUGGGGCGUGAUCACAGGUUAGGGCACGGUGUACUCCUCUGCCCCUGCCAAGCCAGGGCCCAGGACACACAUGCAGUAACACGCGGAUGUGGACACCCAGUUGCACUAGUGUCUGCAGAUGGAGUGGAUGGGCCGGGAGACAGAGGCGGCAGCCCAGGGGUCCCUGGGUGGAAGGCCGAAUGAGGUCUCUACAAUUGAUUCCUGAUGUGGGGGUCUGCCCAAAUUCAAAAACAAAAAACAAAGUCCCGAACACCCCAAACUCCUGCCAGUCAGAUGGAAGCCAUUGGUCACGUGUACGAGAUUGUACAGAAGUCCACGGGCUGAGGUUCUUCAUGUAUAGCUGUGUGAAAGCAUAUGUAUCCGAGACAUGCUAAUGUAUAGAUGUUAAACCUA